UUCCGCUAUGCAACACUGCUUUUUUCCAAUCAGCUGUUUGUAAUUCUUUGUAUGCGGCAUUUCAGCGUAGUUUGUGAAUUUUUCGGGUGUAAAUAAUGCAAUUAAAAUAGUAAAUUUGUAAUAAAUACGAACCAGAAAUGGAUGUAAUUUUGCCAUACAAUGCACAAAACAGGGAACAUUUCUGCAGCUCUGCCCUGCAAGUUGGAUUCCAUGAAUUCGUUGCGUUGAAAUUUUUCUACACCAUGAAAGAUUCCGACUUGGACGUGUUCCAGUUGAUGGCACGUGAACGCCUGGAACUAGUGCUGUACGGUUGGGAAAUAUGCCAAGGUCAUUGGGAUGAAUUGGAAAACAAGGAAGACAUAUCACCGCAUUUGUGUACGGUUUUAAAACAAAUUACACAGUAUUCCCUAGAUAUAUGGUUCAGCAAUGAAUGGGAGGAAUGUAAACCGCAUUACAAAGCAAUGUUGUUGGUGUGCAUUAGGCGUGCCAAGGAUAUGUUGUUGAAAUUAUAUGGCAACAUCUUUGACUGGGACUACGCGUUGCAAUUGGGCAGCAAACCUUGGGGCAUACCCUAUUUGAAACAAUUCAUAGCGUGCAAUAGCAACCUUAUAAGGAGUUUGACUCACUCCAGUGAACAUGUUGAAGCACCCGCUAGUGCUGAAGAUAUCGAGCAUUUGCAAAAGGAGGGUUUGGUUAUGCUGUUGUUGCGUCUCAUUAAACUCUUUGACGCUGGAUUUUUCGAAGGAGCUCGUAAAUUGUCAAUGCGCAUCAUUGCAGCUUGGAAUCAUGAAUAUGAGGAGAGAAAGCUUCAAGCAGAACUGUCCUGCACAGAAGUAAAUGAUCAACAUAAAAAGUGUUUAAUACUUAUCUGCCAUAUUUACCUCAUGGCCAUAUAUGAAAUGGAUGAAAAUCGCGGAUUCGUUAUUGAUAAUGUGGUGAAUAACAUACGUUUUUACUACCAAAAUAUGAUGGAAGCGGGGAGUGUUAAAAGGAAUGCGGACGAGCAAAUGGAAUACACACCCGCCCGUUACAUAGCCAUAACUUGCAUUCAUCUAAAUAUAAGUAGUAAUGAGUUCAUUGACGCCUUCAUAUAUGAUUCCUACGACGAGAAUUUUGUGAGCCUCUUUGGCGUAAUAUCGCAAUCCUAUAUGAGCUAUCUGCUCGGUAAUUUAAUAAUGGAAAUGAACAAAUUGAAUGAGGACGACUUCAGUAAGCGCAUUGAGGACUUCAAACGCGUCAUGUAUCUUUACAUUAAUGAAAGGGAGCGUAGUGAAGAAUUCAUGAUGCAGGAGUUGCAUAAAAAGGAAAUGAAGCGUCGGAGCCAUAGCUUGUCUGCAACAAAGGAGAAUAUGACGAAUUUCUACACUAAAAUGUGUAAAGGCAAUCGCUUGAGUAACAUUGGCAGUAGUGAGCAUAUGGAGGAGGCUAAUCAAGCAGCUACCACCGUGGAAGUAGAUAGCGAACGCCGAGUAGAUCCUGUCUUCCAACAUUUGCCCAAUAACGAGGAAGUUCUUAACUAUGUCUAUACGGUGUUGGUGAAGCGGACACACAGAGGCUGGUAUUUCGCUAAGCUCAUCGUGCUGCUCAAAAUCAUUGGGCUGCAAUUGAACGCCAUAGAGACUUGGCGUUACCAUCCGGGACUAACACCAGAGUUUUUGUUGAACCUCGAAGUGAAACUCUCACGUCAUUUUGAAGACCUCGCCAUUAUAUUCCAAGAGCACCUGUUUAUGGAGCAGGAGUUUUGGUUGACCGGUUUCUAUUUGAAUCCGUGCAAGAAGUACUACGAAACCGUUAUACGUAGUGGUAUGCGUUCGAAUCGCCUGAGUCACCGCUUCGAAACCGGCGAAAACUAUGACGACGACGAAAAACCGGAGCCCAAAAAGGAUCGCCGUGACAAAGGUGAAAAGGUGAACGCCAUAAACGCCAAGUACGGACUGCUUAGCUCCACCAUCGAUGUGAAGGAAAUACUAAAACUGGCCAAUCAUGAGGCGCCCGACGUUGAUUAUGGCCAAAUCUAUAAAGCUUUGCGCGGCUUCAAAUUACCAGACAACACCAUUAAGGACUUGCUCACCGUCAUUUUCUUGCCGCGCAACAAAAGCCUCGCCUGGGCUCUUAACUGGGUGGAGUUGAGGAAACGUUGCAAAACUUUACUGAAAGAUGCCGAUAAAAAGCGUCACUUCGUGGAGCUAAACAUGGCCGAGGCAAACGACCGGCUGAAAUUUUUGAAAAUUGAUUAUGAAAAAUACAAGCACCGACCCCAGCUGGAUUAUGGUAGCAUCGAGCAGGGCUAUGAGAACUCGAACGCGCCGAAUUUCAAUAAGGAAAGCAGCGAUGAGAAUGAUGACGAGGACUCGGAGGACUUCGAAGCGGACUCUGACCUGGACGAACCGGCUAAGCAUGAACCGAAGAAAAACGAUCACUCGGAACUAUUCGACUCGUACUUCAUGAGCACACGCCGCACCAGAGCCCGCGCCGCUGCUAUGAUCGCAAAUGUGAUGGAAAGAGAUGAAUUUCCGAACCAUGAGGAUGGCAAUAAUUCCAACGAAGAAACCACAGUGCAGGUGAAGAAAGAAGUUUUUGAUGAAAAAUACGCCGCGGCCGCCAGCCAAGCAGCCUCAGCAAAUGUGGCUAAACGUGACUUCAACGAAAUUCUAAAGGAGCGCAAAGUCUUCGACAACAGCACCAGCGGCUUCAAGCCCUUUGCGGAUAUAUGGAGCCUGAAUUCGCAAGAAUUGAAAACCGUUCAGAGUAAAGUACCACAUUUAGAGACCGGUAACCUCUUCAACAAGUCGACCAAACUGGAAAUGCUGCAACGGAAAAUGUCCAAACUGCUUGGCCAACAGCAGAGGGAGAACAAGAAGACUGAAGGAAGACCAGAAGAAUACACACAACAGCAGUGCAAAUUGGAAUACUCCACUGAUGCAGAAAUGCACGAUGACGAAAGUGACGUAUCCACAACUGCUCGGCGGGACAGUGACGAAGUCAAUGACUUCAGUAAAGAUGAACAAGACGAGAGGAACUCCCAAAGCCCCAGAAAAUCGAAUGAAGGUGUAAUGCAGCAUGGUGAGAGAUCAGCGCAAGAGGAGCUAAUGCAGCUUUGCAUGAAGAAGAAACUACGUGUUCGUUUGCGCAGACUCACAGUAGCCGAUGUGCGAAUGUUGCGGCAGCCCAGCGUACGUUUGCAGCGCAUGGAUUUGCAAGCAGUGGCCGAGCGCAUGUGCAAGCUGCGACGUGCGCAACGAAAGGCAACCUAUAUUGAGUCUGAAGAAAGCUCAAAGUCCAGCAAUAAUUCCUUCGGUGGCGAGCGCACCUUAUUGGACACGCUAAAGCGUCGCCUGUACUCCUCGGAGUCGUCCACCGAUUCGGAUGAGUACAAACAAAGACCGCGUGUAGCACGUCCGAUGCGUGGACGGCUUAACAGCUCGGCGGUGCAAGCGCGGGCUCAACGUGCGCAGAAGAGCUUAAAAGUGACGCCACGCAGCGCAAGCGGUCUGAAGUUCCGCAUCUCCACCAAUGAAACCGGUGGUGGCGGUGUGGGUCCAAGCGUAAAUGUCACCAGCUUGCCCGUUAUCGACUACAUACAAAUAUCAUCUUCGUCGUCGUCGGAUGAAGUGGAACGUUUCGGUCAAUUGGAGCCGGUGCGAGAGGAUGUUGACAUGACUGCCGACCCGUUAUACGAGGAGGAAAUACCACUCUACCGGAUUUAGUUUAAAUCGGUGCAGGGAUCUUAGUGAAUAAGUAUUAUUUAUGGAUUUAGCAGAAAUAUAAGUUUUUAAUAUUUUCAUUUAAGUGGAUGUGUUGCAAAGCUAAAGAAACGCGAUUCAUUAUUUAAUUUAGCGCGCAAAAAUAUUUUAAUUUACAUGAAAUGUAUGAUCUUUUCGAACUUUCAAAAUACAUAUAAAUACAUUUGUAUACUCGUACAUA